GCAGCAAUAGGAAACUAAUACACCAUGAAUCUGUGUCCAGAUAUCUUAUUGCCUAUUUGACAGCUUCAUGUGACUGUCUCAUAGGGAUCUCAACCCUAACAUAUUACAAAUUAAAACUUUACUAUUAACUCCCCAAACCUGGUCACUCCACCAGCUUUUCUCAUCUUGGUAAAUGGCACCAAUCAACCAAUUAUUAAUGCCAGACAUCUGGAAGUCAACCUGGUUUCCCUCCUUUUCUCUGACAUCCUCUCAUACGUAAUCCAUAAUUAAGUUUCAUCAGUUCUACUUCCAAACUAAAUAUCAUAGCCAUCCACUUCAACUGAAUUCCACUGCCACCAUUUUUUACAAUUAAUUUUAUUUUAUUCUUUUUACUAUGGGAUGUGUGCAUAUACUAUACAAUACAAAAGAUAUUAUAAAAAGGAAUUCAGUGAAAAGUCUGUCUCCUCCCAGCCCUGCCUGAUGCAGUUAGUGGUACUAGGGUUUUUGGUUGGUUGGUUGGUUGGUUGGCUUGGGGUGUGGGGGGGUGUAUCCUUUCAGAUACUUGUUUUUCACUGCCACCACUCUUGACUCCCACCCAAUUCAUCCUCCACAGAGUAGCCAAAGUGAUAUUUGAAAAAGAAAUCCGCCGGCACUUCCUUGCAGGAAACCCAUUAAUGUCUUUUUUAUAGCUGAUGCGACGUUUUGGUGGCUCCAGGCUAGCUGCAGGAGAACUAACAGUUCAUGAGUUCACAUGUAUUUUGUAAAUUAGAACAUCAUUAAUGGAAAUACAUCCAGUGCAAAAGUUUGAUUGGACUUGAAAUUCACUUCAUAGCAAGAACCUUCAAUGAAUUGUUAGAUUGUUUAAAACAGUUUCACCCAGGCUAAUUUAAUGGGUGUGAAAAGAGUUUUAAUGUUUUAAACCGCCAAUUCAAACUUCUUAUCAACGGCAACUAAGACAUCUGAAAACAUCAUUAGAAAGUCUUCAUCGGGAGUCCUUUGAGCCUUUUCCUGCCACUGCAAUGUUCCUCUCUGCAAGUCUCUAGGGCAGGUAGGCAGGGGGUGGGGAGUUCCCCCGCCCGGGAGGCGGAGGCUGACCUCAGUCUGAGGAUCAGCUGGUUUCGGCCUUGCCUUGGUCAUCAUCAGCACUCCACAGAACCUUCUGGCAGACACCGUUCUGGAGUGGCACGGCUUUACUCUCGAAAGGGCCCUGGAUGGACGGCAACACGAGCGAAGUGUUUUGGUCAUGCCAAUGCAAUGACUGGGAGAAUGGAAGGCGAAAGAAACUGCACCUCUGACGCAAAGCCAAAACAACCAGCCCGUUGGGCGUUUGGGUUCCAAGCACUCGGUUGGCAAGCGGAGGAGUGGCUCCGGGGCGGGCACUCGAGCGGGCAGCCCACGGCUAUGCCACGAUCAAGGAAAGCACCGCCCCGCCCCGGCCCGGCCUCCUGGCACAGCCAAUCGCGGAAAUCCUCCCCGCUCACGUAAGGCGCGGUCGGCGAUUUGGCGCUCGGAACUCUAUUUUGAGAACCUCUCAAAAAGGAAAACACAAAUCAUGGAAAAGAAGGAGAAUAACCGAAAGCUUCGGGUUUGUGUGGCUACUUGCAACCGUGCUGAUUAUUCUAAACUUGCCCCAAUCAUGUUUGGCAUUAAAAUGGAACCUGAGUUCUUUGAACUUGACGUGGUGGUACUCGGCUCUCACCUGAUAGAUGACUAUGGAAACACAUACCGCAUGAUUGAACAAGAUGACUUUGACAUUAACACCAGGCUACACACGAUUGUCAGAGGGGAAGAUGAGGCAGCCAUGGUGGAGUCAGUAGGCCUGGCCCUUGUGAAGCUCCCAGAUGUCCUUAACCGCCUGAAGCCGGAUAUCAUGAUUGUCCAUGGAGACAGGUUUGAUGCCCUGGCGCUGGCUACAUCCGCUGCCUUGAUGAACAUCCGAAUCCUUCACAUUGAAGGGGGGGAAGUCAGUGGGACCAUUGACGACUCCAUCAGACACGCCAUAACGAAACUGGCUCAUUAUCACGUGUGCUGCACCCGGAGUGCCGAGCAGCACCUGAUAUCCAUGUGCGAGGACCACGAUCGCAUCCUGUUGGCAGGCUGCCCUUCCUAUGACAAGCUUCUCUCCGCCAAGAACAAGGACUACAUGAGCAUCAUUCGGAUGUGGUUGGGUGAUGAUGUCAAGUCUAAAGAUUACAUUGUGGCCCUCCAGCACCCUGUGACCACUGACAUUAAGCAUUCCAUAAAGAUGUUCGAGUUAACCUUGGAUGCGCUUAUCUCAUUUAACAAGCGGACCCUAGUUCUGUUUCCAAAUAUUGAUGCAGGGAGCAAAGAGAUGGUUCGAGUGAUGCGGAAGAAGGGCAUUGAGCAUCACCCCAAUUUUCGUGCCGUGAAACAUGUCCCGUUUGACCAGUUUAUACAGCUGGUUGCCCAUGCUGGUUGUAUGAUUGGGAAUAGCAGUUGCGGGGUACGGGAGGUCGGCGCUUUUGGAACACCUGUGAUCAACCUAGGAACACGUCAGAUUGGAAGAGAAACAGGGGAGAAUGUCCUGCAUGUCCGGGAUGCUGAUACCCAAGACAAAAUAUUGCAAGCACUGCACCUUCAGUUUGGGAAACAGUACCCUUGUUCAAAGAUAUAUGGGGAUGGAAACGCUGUUCCAAGGAUUUUGAAAUUUCUCAAAUCUAUUGAUCUUCAAGAGCCACUACAAAAGAAAUUCUGUUUUCCUCCCGUGAAGGAUAACAUCUCCCAGGACAUUGACCAUAUUCUUGAAACUCUAAGCGCCUUGGCUGUUGAUCUUGGUGGGACAAACCUCCGAGUUGCCAUAGUCAGCAUGAAGGGUGAAAUAGUUAAGAAGUAUACGCAGUUCAAUCCUAAAACCUAUGAGGAGAGGAUUAAUUUAAUUCUACAGAUGUGUGUAGAAGCCGCAGCAGAAGCUGUCAAACUGAACUGCCGGAUUUUGGGAGUAGGCAUUUCCACAGGCGGCCGGGUAAAUCCUCGGGAAGGAAUUGUGCUGCAUUCCACCAAACUGAUUCAAGAAUGGAACUCUGUGGAUCUCAGGACCCCCCUGUCUGACACUUUGCAUCUCCCCGUGUGGGUAGACAACGACGGCAACUGUGCUGCUUUGGCAGAAAGGAAAUUUGGCCAAGGAAAGGGCCUGGAGAACUUCGUGACGCUUAUCACAGGCACAGGAAUUGGCGGAGGGAUCAUCCAUCAGCAUGAACUGAUCCACGGAAGCUCCUUCUGUGCUGCAGAGCUCGGCCACAUUGUGGUGUCCCUGGAUGGCCCUGACUGUUCCUGUGGGAGCCACGGGUGUAUUGAAGCCUAUGCCUCUGGAAUGGCCUUGCAGAGGGAAGCCAAAAAGCUACACGACGAAGACCAGCUCUUGGUGGAAGGGAUGUCCGUGCCCAAAGACGAAGCUGUGGGCGCGCUCCAUCUCAUCCAAGCUGCGAAACUUGGCAAUGCGAAGGCCCAGAGCAUCUUGAGGACAGCUGGAACAGCUUUAGGUCUGGGGGUUGUGAACAUCCUCCACACCAUGAAUCCCUCCCUUGUGAUCCUCUCUGGAGUCCUAGCCAGUCACUACAUCCACACUGUCAAAGAUGUCAUCCGCCAGCAAGCCCUGUCCUCGGUUCAGGACGUGGACGUGGUGGUUUCGGAUUUGGUGGAACCCGCCCUGCUUGGCGCCGCCAGCAUGGUCCUGGACUACACAACACGCAGGAUCUACUAGGCUUCCCGGCAGUGGACAUGGACCGAGACUCAAGAGCUCCUUGGCGGAAUCAGGUUGUCUUCUAGAUGAGCAUUUCUUAAAAAAGCAAAUUUGGUACUUAGAUUUGUUAUUUGGCAGGUGACUUUGGCAGGGAUGUUGUUGCUUUUAGUCUCCUUUUCCAAAGUCCCUCUCUUCCCAACCCCCAUUUUUGUAGCUGCUGCUCUUUCUGGGGUCCUUUCAGCUCAAACCUUGGAAGGACCAGUCACCAUCUUCUGUACCAAAAGGACCUGCAACAGUAGAUGAGGAAGCCUUAGGACGCUGCUUUCCAGAUGUAGUGCUUAGACCUACAGGCCUUGCUGGGGUGUGACCUUGAUACCAGCGUUUGGCUCAUUAAUCCUUCUUCCUCUGACCCUAAAUUCAGGACACAUAAAUGGAUCGAGUCAGGGAACAGAAGGAAAUCGCAUCAUGAAAGGCUUAUGUAAACUUUGUAAAGACCGUUUUAUCAAGGUAUUUUUUUUUUUUUACAGUGCACCAUUUGAAAAGCUUUGACAUACGUACAUACCUGUAAAACCAUGACCACAAUUAAGACUCAGAUGAACUCUUCCACCCCCACGUGAUACCUGUCGAAAGAUGUUAUUUGCUAGUACUCUUGCAGAACCUUGAGCAACUUUAGACCAGGGAUCUGAGUUACAGUGGCCUUAUUGACCUUGUCCUUACCUUCUUAAGGACAGCUGAGAAGCCACUAAGACUUAGAGCCUCUGAAAGAUUAGCCUUCCCAGGAGUUGCCACUGUCACGCAGUGGGUUAAGAAUCUGACUGCAGCAGCUUGGGUCUCUGUGGAGGUGCAGGUUUGAUCCCUGGCCAGUCACAGUGGGUUAAAGGAUCUGGAGUUGCCAUACCUGUCGCUUGGAUUCAGUCCUUGGCCCUGGAACUUCCAUAUGCCACAGGUACAGCCAUUUAAAAAAAAAAAAAAAAAAAAAAGAUUAACCAUCCCCAAAGAAUCUUUGCUCCUGAAAAAUAGACACCUAUCUCUUCAAUAGCUUCUCAUACUAUGUGGAAUGUGACCCUAGCGUGUUGAUUAAAGCCGUGUUUGUUGUGUGUCAGACCUAGAGGCCACAUCUGUGAAUCUGGAUUCUGGCUAAGUGAGAUUCCAUGCUCGCACUGGUGUCAAGUUACAAAAGCCAAGGUGCUUGCUAUAAAUAUCAACCUGGAAGAAAUACUAAUAGCCACCAUUUCUUAAGUGCCUACUGUGUGCCAGGCUCUGAACUUGGUGCUUCAUAUACAUUAUUCUAAAUUCUUACAAUGAAUAAGGCAGGUGUUUUUAAUUCCCAUUUUAUAGAACCCCAAACUAAGUUUUUAAGUGGCACGCCGAAAGCCAUGUGGCUAGUCUGAGACACCGUUUGAUCUGGGGUCCCUCUGUGCUUUUUCUGCUACGCCACACAACCUCUACUCAUAUCAAAAAUUUUCAAAGUGCAAAUAUAUUCAGAUUUACUCCAGGCUACCAAAAGCUUUCACAAGAAUAUCUCAUUAGCAGAUGAAGUGUUUUAUCCCUGACACCAUCUCUCAGUGGUGAAGUGAAUCAUAUUUCUGUAGGAUGUGGAAAUUUUGCCAGUGCCGUAUUUGGUCUAGUGACAGAUUUUUAUGGGUACUUUUUGAUGAUGUAAAAAAGCAUAUGCAUAUGUUUUCCAGAUUGUUAUUUUAGGAAAACCUGAAGGUUUCUAUAACACAUUGUUUCAGUGUUAGCAUAUAAAACAAUCAAGAUUGCAUUUGAAGUAUUUCCUUCCUGGUGGGUUAAUGUGAAAAGAUAGGUUGAUUGACUCCUACAACUCUAUCAACUCUGAUCAUCUCCAGGACCUGGUUAUGGUUGAAACAUUCCACGUCGAUUCCUGGGAAGGAAGCUAUCUGGCUUGGCUUCUCAGUGUCUGGCGCAAGUUGGUGUACUGUGAAGGGGCAUUAGUCAUUGUGUUGUGUAGACAGUUGUGUUGCUACCAAGUUUCACACCAAAUAUUUGGAAGAAUGGUAUUGAAUCUAAAGCCAAAUCUUAGUUUUUAUUAAAUUCGUGGAAAGGCUAAUAUAUUCCAACAUAAUUAUUACAUAUAAUUAAGUGAUCACAUCUUAAUUUAUUUUAAUGUACAUAUGUUACUAUUCUGAGCCACAUUCUAAAGAAAAAAUAAAUGUCUUUCCUUGUGGAAAUUCCGA